AUGCCGUCUGAGGAUAUCGAUAAGCUGCGUAAAGGAAUGUUAAAAAAAGUUUCUAAAUUGUUUGUCACAAAUAAACUUUGUAUUAAUUUGAGUUUUAAGUACAACAACACUUUACAUAGAGAAAUACACAGAGAUAUGCAUUCAAUCUAUGUAUUGUUGUUGUCAGUUUUUAUAACUACUUCAUAUGGAAACACAGUUGAUGACAAAAUAGAGGAUGGUAAAAAUAUGGUUCUGUUACAAUCGGACCAAGGUUUGAACAACCAACUCAAGUUGAUAAAUCAACCACAGCAAGAUGAAACUCAGUGGAAUCAAAAUGAAAAAAAGACAUUUGGGCUUUUUGGUAACUUUUUUUGCAAUCUACCUUUAUUAAGCGGAUUCUUUUGCCAAAACGGCCAUAGAUACGAUAAAAACUUAUAUGAAGUUUGUGGAAGCGGUGUUCAUUUAAAAAACAUAUUUUUUUGCCAAAAUGGUCGAAGCUACAAUAGAAAUUUAUACGAGGUAUGUGGAAGUGGCGCGCAUUUAAAAAAUUUAUUUUUUUGUCACAACGGUCAAAGUUCCAAUAAAAAUGUUUACGAGUUGUGUGGAAGUGGAAUACACUUAAAAAGCAUAUUUUUCUGUCAAAAUGGUCAAAGCUACGAUAGAAAUUUAUACGAGGUAUGUGGAAGUGGCGCGCAUUUAAAAAGUUUAUUUUUUUGUCACAACGGUCAAAGUUCCGAUAAAAGUGUUUACGAGUUGUGUGGAAGUGGAAUUCAUUUAAAAAACAUAUUUUUCUGUCAAAAUGGUCGAAGCUACGAUAGAAGUUUAUACGAGGUAUGUGGAAUUAGCGCGCAUUUAAAAAGUUUUUUUUUUUGUUACCAUGGUAAAAGUUUUGAUAAAAAUAUAUACGAGUUGUGUGGAAUUCAAAUACAUUUAAAAAGCUUAUUCUUUUGUCAAAACGGUCAAAGCUAUGUUAAAACUUUGUACGAGCAAUGCGGAAAUUUAUUUGAAAAGCACCCACUUUUGUAACAACGGUAACUCGUACGAAAUCUCUAAGUACGACAUAUGCAGAAGCAAUGCGUUUGAUAAAAUAACCGCCUUCUGCAAUAACAACCACGUGUAUAGUUACAGCUUAUACGAAAUAUGUGGUCAAAAUGUUAUCCAAAAGUCAAGAGAGUUUUGUUACAAUCAAAAGCCUUACGAUAGGCUUGUCUAUGGCAUUUGUGGCUCUAAUUUAUACAGCAAAUUUGAAUUUACUUGUAAUGCAGAAAAUCAGUUGAGACCUAUCAUUUCGCCGUACUAAUUUUCUAAUACAGAUUCAAUUAAAAUGUAAUUAUAUGUUUAAGCAUUGUAAAUGCUGAUAUAUUUGAAUAUUUAAUGCUGGUAAAAAAUUUUUUGUAUUA